AUGGAUGCGAUGUUCGACUCCAUUAUGGGCAAACCCAAUCCAUCGGAUGGGGGGCCACCUCCCUUUUGCAACGUCUGUCACGACUUCAAACCAAUUCAGUUCAGCAAAAACGCCUCUUGGCUCGAUCGAAUGUUCAAGAAGCGCGAUAUCAAAGAGGAGCAGUUGAGGGAGAAUUGCCAUCGUUGUCGACUGCUGAAAGCAACCUUUGAGAAAUUGGAGACAGAAUUGUUUGCUGAUUUUGAAGAUUCAUUUGAGGUUCAGAAUAAGGACAUUUGGCUCACUCCUCAAUCAGAUGAUGUCGUCUUGGUGCGAUAUAUGUGGUGGCGUAAGAAGACAAAUCCUGAUACCGAUGUGAGCAAUAGCCACUUUUACAGAGAGGUCAACAUUCGACUGGCGAGUAAGGUUGAAGUACCUGAAGAAGUUCCUAUGGAGUCGCUUACUAGCCUGCGUCGAAGCCCCAAGUCAGAAGAGAGUGUCCAGUUCCUGAAAGACAUGCUUCAGACUUGCGAAUCCGGAGAAGGACUCCAUAGCCGUUGCCUUCACGGGCAGGCUCCGCUCUUGCCCACGCGAGUUUUGAAGAUUGGGCCUGAGGAUGGACAAUGCCAGCUUUACGACUCUCAGCCAGGUGAAACUGGAAAGUACACUGCUUUGAGCCAUUGCUGGGGUCCUCGUGCUUACCAGCCUAUUCGGACAACUAGACGAUCUUUAUCCAUGGGAAGCUCGUCUGUUCCCUUAAACAAUCAUUCGGCCGUCUUUAGUGACGCUAUCUGGCUCUGCAGACAGCUUGGAAUCGACUACAUUUGGAUUGACUCGCUCUGCAUCGUCCAAGAUGAUGAACAGGACUGGGAGGUUGAGUCCGCCAAGAUGGCUCAAUACUACUCCCUGGCCCACCUCACCAUUGCCGUGGAGACAUCUCCAAACGGCACUGUUCCAUUCCUUAGGGAAAGAGAAGAGCGAUGGCAGGCCAUGGCCUUUAAAUCAACCAACCAGGGCGACUCUCCCUUCACAUAUGUGGUCCAAGAGCACUACAGGAGUGACUUCUACGAGGACAAACCCAACAACUACUAUGCAGAUGGAUGUAAUCUUCUUCCCUCCCGAGCCUGGACACUGCAAGAAUUCAUGUUGUCAAAUCGAAUUAUCCACUUUACCCCUUCAGACAUGGUAUGGGAGUGCCAUAACGGCACAGCUUCUCAAGAUGUAUACCGAGACGCUUCCGAGGCUAGUCACUUCAACUUUCGACCGGUCCUUUACGCACUGGAUUAUCUGGAGGCAACGGAUGAAGAGCGAGUGGAAGGGGCUUAUAGGGUAUGGUCAAGCAUCCUCGACCAAUUCUCCCGGCGUUCCAUCACCUUUGAAUCAGACCGGCUUCCCGCCUUUAGUGGCGUAGCGGCACGAUUCUCGAGGUAUUUCCCAGGUCGCUACCUGGCUGGAAUAUGGGAAGCACACUUGUUCCUAGGACUAUGUUGGGAUAGGGCGACACGCUUUACCAGAAACCCUCAGCACUUGGCGUUGAGGGAGACAUUCGCUCCUUCGUGGUCGUGGGCGUCUUUGCCCUCAAAGAUCCCGGUGGUCUACCCAUACGCACUAUCCAAGUACAGUGAGUUAGAACCUCCUUAUCGGCCUACAGUACUGGAAGCCUUCUGCGAUGUUUCGGACAAGGCACCGUUUGGACGAGUUCGUAACGGGUACAUCUUGAUGGAGGCACCCCUUUUCGAGGCCACGAUAACCUGUACUUCCUCUCAAGCGGGUAUCUUCUACCACAUGUCAUUUGGGGAAGAAGUUCAACAUCACGAGUCACUGGAGCCGACCAUCACAAUGGACUGUUUUUUAGCCACGGACGGCGUGACCGCAGCAAGAGCAACUAGUGAAGAUCAAAUGGCAUACCGACAAGAGCCAUCAACAUUUCAGGCAACAGCAUGGGUUCUCUGGCUGGCAGGAAGUACGAAGAUUCAGAUGUAUGGUAUUGUAUUGAGUCGGGAGGGAGAGUCUGAAGAGUAUUCCAGACUUGGGUCUGUAUGUUCCGGCAAUUUGAGGACCAAGAAUCCUCUUCCUAUGAACCCUCUAUUGAACGAAGAUGUAUCUAUUGACUAA